AUGGAAUCUUUAGAAAGUAGCAGCCCUAUACAAAGUCCCUUUGAUUAUGCUGAAGAAGAACCACUAGCUGAGGUAUCCUUGCGCAGGCAAUCUGAAUCUUGGCGGUUAAUAAUAAGGCAUGCGGAAUCUGAGCACAACGUUCGUGGAAUAAGGGCUGGGAGCAUUGACAGUGAAUUGACCAUACACGGAUAUAAUCAAGCAAAGAAGCUUGCUAAGUCUCUAAAGGGAAAGAAUGUUCGCUGCAUUUAUUCUUCUCCUCAGAAGCGUGCUCAGAGAACAGCUCAGGAGAUUGCCAAAGUAAUGAAUUGUCCCAUCUACACUUCCAGUCUACUCCGUGAGAAAGAUUUAGGAUCAUUGGAAGGAACAUCUUUUAGAUUCACUUCUAAUUAUAGACCGAAUGAACCGCCCAUGAAGAUUCAUGGUUUAGAAAAUCGAGACUCACUACUACACAGAGCACGGGAAUUUGCCGAAAGUUUAUUAGUAGAAGCAGAAGAAACGGGACUUGAUACUUCAGAUAUAGUCGUUAUCGUUUCACAUGGUAUUUUUCUGCCUUUUCUUUUGCGAGCUGUCUUGGCAGCUGUUAGAACCCCUCUUCCUUCUAAGAUUAUUCCCUGGAGUAAUGCUUCCUAUGCCUCGAUUGGUAUCGAUUUAGAUGGUAAUACGACUGUAGAAAUGAAUUUGAAUUCCCAUCUUCGAGGAGUUCGAAGAAUACGAAACUUAGGCAGUACAACUUACGACUCAAAGCAAAAACCUAUUACGGAAUUCUGCAAAAAAAUAAAUUAA